UCCUUGUCUCACAGAAAAAACUUACCUUUCAUAUCCGCCCGCCGCCACCGCCACCGCCUCCGCCACGGCUAUAAAGCUCCGCCCUUUGGCCCGCCCGCUCCUCCUCUCUUCGUCCGGGCAGCACCUCUCGCCUCCUUCCUUCGUCCUCGGUCCGUCCUAGCUGCGUGGUGGUCUCCGUGCCGGCGUCCGACUCCAAAUCCACCCGCCCGCUCGCGCCCUGCUCCCUCUCCGCCUGCGGGGCCGCGCCGCUCCCCGAGGACGCGGGCGGGCGCCCGGGCCUCGCCCCGCGGGGCUCGGCCAAGUGGCGGGCGACCGGCGUCGUGCGCCAGCUGCGCGCGCUCGUCCUCGACUCGCGCCGCUCCUCCUCUCGCGUCUGGUGAGGCGACUCGUCCUCUGUUCGUGCCUCUCCUCGUCUCGCGUCCGGUGAGGCAGUUCGUCCUGGAUUCGUGCCUCUCCUCCUCUCGCCUCGCUCAAUUCGUCCUCGCUCGUCCUAUGUUGCUCAACCUUGCUCGAUUCACCCGUCGUUUAGAGUAGAAGAACCGCGUCUGAUUUGUUUCAUUUUGCUCGUCCUCGAUUCGUCUGUUCUGAAGCGUGUCUUAUUUGGUUGAUUUUUCUCGUCCUCGCCGUCGGCCGUUUAGAUAGAAAUCGCGUCUGGUUUGAUUUGCUCGUCCUCGCCGCCGUCGUCAGUUUAGAGUCGCGUGUGCUUUGAUUCUUGCUCGUCCUUGCCGUUGCCCCGCGUGUUCUUGGGGCCGUCUCGUCGGGGGUCUUCGUCCCUGUGACUCUGGGAGGAAGCGAGCGAGCGGUCGGUCGGUUUGGGUCACCUUCCGGUUUGCGAGCUAACAAGUCUGCUUGAGAAACUUGUGCGUGCGCUACUGUUAUCUGAGGAUCCUGCGUUUCGUGUUCACGGUGGAGCGAUGGUUCCUGCGUUUCUGUUUGAGAAACUUGCGCGGGCGCUUCUGUUAUCUCACGAUCCUGCGUUUCGUGUUCGCGUCGGGGCGACAGUUGCAGGAACGAUCGGUUCUGGUUCCUAAAUUGGAGCAGUGUCAGAUUGGUUCCUCUGUUCCAUCACCUGCGUUGUUUGUCGGUUAUUUUCAGAUCCCAAACGCAUGCGCCCUUGUGAUACUCUGGUUGCCCUCUGUCGAUUCUUGUUCUACCGGCAGCCGUGUGUACUCCCAUCCUAGAUGCAGAGAAUCCUGUUCUUGUCUGUUGCGGUUGUUCUGAUGCUGUUCUUUUCAAUUGUUUAUUGGUAUCAUGCUUUGCUUAUCUUCCCAUAUGGCAUGAUUGAUUGAUUGUUGUUUGUUGUUUGAUUGAUUGCCUUGAGAUGGAUUGUUGUUUGUUGUUUGAUUGAUUGCCUUGAGAUGGAUUGUUGUUUGUUGUUUGAUUGAUUGCCUUGAGAUGGAUUGUUGUUUGUUCUUUGAUUGAUUGCCUUGACAAGGUAAACACCUAGGCCAAUUGAUUGCUGUUUGUUGCCUUGAGAUGGUAUGUUUAUAUGGCACCAUUGAUUGCUGUUUGUUGCCUUGAGAUUGUACAUGUUUAUAUGGCACGAUUGAUUGCUGUUUGUGUAUGGUUAUUAAGAUUGAUUGCUGUUUGUUGAUUGGUAUCUAACUUUGGUGUAUGUAGUUCCUGAUCAUAGGUAACAGACCUGGCACUACUCUUUUUUCUGAAUUCUUUUGUGAUUAUGUCUUAUGUGGAUAUCAUAUUCUUUUUUUGGUAUUACUGUUGUCCAGCCCUUGGAAUAAUGCUUUUCUAAGUAUUUAAGGUACAGACAUGUUGAUCUGGACAUAUCACAUUUGCUCUUUAUUGUGUUGCUAAGGACACUGAUGGGUUGAGUUGGCAUAUAGUGCAGCCGUGGAUCGCUCAUCAACCUGGUAUCUACCUAACGCAGGUGAGCUCUUUCUGGAUAGGACAGAGGUACAAUAUUUACAUCCAUGGCAGAAGGUUCUUAACCCUGAACUCAUCAAAGGUCCUUGGACUCAAGAGGAAGUUGACAAAAUUAUUGAUCUUGUAAGCAAGUAUGGACCAACAAAAUGAUCUCACUGCAAGGACCUGCAGAAGGACCCUCCCACCUCAGCGCAGGUCCUGUAAGUGAGGACAUGUUCCACUGGCAGGCCACUAUCAUGGGACCCUCGGACAGCCCGUUUACUGGUGGUCUAUUUUUGGUGAACAUCCAUUUCCCACUGGAUUAUCCCUUCAAGCCCGCGAAGGUCUCUUUCCGCACCAAGGUGUUCCACCCAAACAUCAACAGCAACAGCAGCAUUUGCCUUGACAUUCUCAAGGAACAGUGGAGCCCGGCUUUGACCAUAUCAAAGGUCCUCCUGUCAAUCUGUUCGUUGCCGACGGACCCCAACCCCAAUGAUCCUCUGGUGCCUGAGAUUGCUCACAUGUACAAGACUGAUUGGGCCAAGUAUGAGCCCACGGCAUGCGAGACGUAGGGCUGUUACUUCUUCUGUGAAGGGCCUGAACUCGUAAAUCUUGCGUGUACAACUUCACCAUAGUUAGGAUCUUGCCUCCUCA